UGUAAUUCCGCCUGGUGCCUGCUCGCAGCUCCCGUGGCUCCGGAUUGCCUCCCCCGCCCUCCACCCGCGACACACACGGCGCCAUCGCAGCUCGCUCGCUGUAACGCCAAUGGGCCGGUUUCUCUAGCUUCUCCCCCACCCCAUCCCCCCACAACUCCAUUGCUUUCCCAGGCAUGAGAAAUUGCAAAAUGGUCCGGGUGGCUAGUGUGCUGGGGCUGGUGAUGCUCAGCGUGGCUCUGCUGAUCUUAUCCCUCAUCAGCUACGUGUCCCUGAAAAAGGACAAUAUCUUCACCACUCCCAGAUAUGCCAGCUCGGGGGUGCCCAGAAUGUACAUGUUCCAUGCUGGAUUCAGGUCCCAGUUUGCACUGAAGUUUCUGGACCCUUCAUUUGUACCAAUUACAAAUUCUUUGACACACGAGCUGCAGGAAAAGCCUUCCAAAUGGUCGUUUAAUAGAACAGCAUUCUUACAUCAAAGGCAAGGAAUUCUCCAGCAUGUUGAUGUAAUAAAAAAUUUUUCUUUGACCAAGAAUAGUGUUCGGAUUGGACAGCUGAUGCAUUAUGAUUAUUCCAGCCAUAAGUAUGUUUUCUCUAUUAGCAAUAACUUCAGAUCACUGCUUCCAGAUGUCUCACCUGUCUUGAAUAAGCAUUAUAACAUUUGUGCUGUUGUUGGAAAUAGUGGAAUCCUUACAGGGAGUCAGUGUGGACAAGAAAUAGAUAAGUCUGAUUUUGUUUUUCGUUGCAACUUUGCUCCAACUGAGGCUUUCCAAAAAGAUGUUGGAAGGAAAACCAACCUUACAACCUUCAAUCCCAGCAUCCUGGAAAAGUAUUACAACAAUCUUUUGACCAUUCAGGAUCGCAAUAACUUUUUUCUAAGUUUAAAAAAGCUUGAUGGGGCCAUUCUUUGGAUCCCAGCUUUUUUCUUCCACACUUCAGCAACUGUUACAAGAACAUUGGUUGACUUCUUUGUUGAGCAUAGAGGGCAAUUAAAGGUCCAGCUAGCUUGGCCAGGAAAUAUAAUGCAGCAUGUCAACAGGUACUGGAAAAAUAAACAUUUGUCACCCAAGCGACUGAGCACAGGUAUUCUUAUGUAUACUCUUGCUUCUGCAAUAUGUGAAGAGAUCCACUUGUAUGGGUUUUGGCCAUUUGGAUUUGAUCCUAACACCAGGGAAGACCUCCCAUACCAUUACUACGAUAAAAAAGGAACAAAGUUCACUACCAAGUGGCAGGAAUCCCACCAGCUGCCUGCAGAAUUUCAGCUGCUCUACAAAAUGCAUGGUGAAGGACUAACUAAACUGACUUUGUCACAUUGUGCCUAAGAACUUAAAACUUGAAGUGCCAAAUGAUUGUUUAAAAAGUGCCCAAAACUGAAUUAAACAUUCUUUAAAAUAUAAUUCUAAAAAAAAAGAAAAAAACUUAAAAUAUUUUCCAUAAUAUAAAGAUGCUUUUUAAUCGCCCUUAUCACAACUCAUCAAAAGGUUUCAGCAUAUUUAGCAAUGCAGAAGUGUUUAUCAAAAUGUACCAACACUAUUCAUGGACCAGGAAAGUUUAAACUAUUUAAGAUAGAUAUUUUGCAUUUAUAGAUAUGCUACUAAAUACAUGUUUUAAAAUAUUUUCAUAUAUAUAUAUAUAUUUUAACAUUACACUAAAUGCCUCUAACCUCCAAAUUUUAAUGUUCCAUGGAGAUUAGAAUUAGAACCGUUAGUUUAAAAUAUUUUGCUUAUCUUACAGCUAUUACUAUUAGCAGUGAAACAAACACAUGUUGCCAUGGCUAAUUGGAGAAAGCUAAUUAACAUUUUCAUUUACUAUCGAGUUCUAGUUCUUUAGAACGGACUCUGAUUUUCACAGCUUGCAUAUCAUCUGUGGUCUUCUAUUUUAGAUUUUCCUAGGAAUAGUAUUAAAGUGAUAGGCCUUGUCAUAGCUAGAUACAUAAAUUGUUCUUAGGUUACCUCAGUGUCUUAAUUCAGUUUGAGACAAAUCCUAGAGGUGGACCCAUUUAAAUCAAUGGGAAUGUUGAAUUAACAUCAGCGUAACAGAAUUUGGCUGUUUGAUUUUAAAAUUAAUGUAUCAAGAUUAUUAAUACAACUUUUUUUUAAAAAAUUCUAUUCUGUGAUGAGGAGACCCCAGGAAUCCAAGUAAGGGCCCUUCUUAAUCCUAUCCAAACAUCUCCAAAGGGGGCUAGCAGUGAUUUUAGGAAUAUAGAUCCUUCGGAGGAGGAGCACCAUUUGUAAUAGUCUCUUUGACCUAGGCUCUUCUAUUUCUAAACUCCCCUUCAUCAGUGUUGUUGCUGCACUCCCAGUCUUCACAAGCCUAAGCCACAUAUUCUAAAGCCAUUGCAAGAAACGGGUUUUCUGCUUCAUAGUCCAUUGCACUACCAGCCAAAGCUCUAGUCCUGCAAUGAGCUCUGUGCGGCCUCUGGAGUCCAUCCAUGCAGCUCUCAUUACAGGAUCAGGGCUCAAGAUAGAAAUUAGAUUUUCACAUACAUUGUUCCUUUUUCCUUUUCGUGCUACUGUACCUCAAGCAUAGUUAUUCUAUGUGUUUGAGUAAUACAUUGUAUUAUGUUCCAAAAGUGGCAUCCAUAUUGGAAAUGCUAUACCCCAUCCUGUUGCUCCCUCUCCAUAUCCCCCUAAAACGAUGUGCAGAAACCAGAGUAAUCAUUAUAUUGCUCCUGGACAAGUGUAUAUAGUUAUGUCUAAAAAAAAAAGUGUAACGAUGAAACGUAAUUCGACAAAAAUCUUUGAUAGGUUUUUAUUUGGGAGCAGUGAGGAUAAGCUCAAUGCCAGCAAACAGAUUAAAACUACUGGCUAAAAUUUUCAAAUUUAGGUGCCAAAAAUUAAUCACCUAAUUCCAUAUUUAGGUAAAUAAACAUUCACUGAAGUCCAUGGGAGAUGCAGGUUUCUUUCUAAACCACUUUGAAAAUCAGACAACUUAUGUAGAGACCUAACUUUUGGGGCCUAAGUUUGAAAAUGUUGGCCAUUGUGUCUCAGGCCAAUUGAUUCUAAUACUUUUUAAAUUAAAACCAUUAUACUUUAAAAUAUUCUAACAAUUUUAUAUUAUUUUGUAUGGCUUUAAGUGAAGAAUAACUAAGCCCAGGAGGUAAAUGUGAUAAAGAUGUAAAACAUCACACAUGCUGCUACCUUAAUUUUUCCAAGAUUCUUUAUCUACAAAGUAGAAAUAGAAUUUAAGAAAGGAAAACUCCAGGGUAAUAUAAAGAAUGUUCUAAUCAGUGAGGAAUGGUCUCCCUUCUCCAUGGAAUCCACUGAAACCUUUGCACCUUGGCUUGAGAGGGCCAUGGCAGGACUGGUGAAGGAUGGAAAUGGGGACCACUGCUUUAUUUAGCAUACUCCCCUAAGCAUCCAUGGUGAAAUGCUGACCCUAAUGAACUCAAUGGGAGUUUUGCCUUUCAUUUCAAUAGGAAUUUCUCCCUCAGUUCUUUCCUGAGUGAAAAUCCACCUGAGAGUUAGGGUGAAAUUCUGGCCCUAAUCAGGUUAAUGGGAGUGUUAGCUCCAUUUCUAAGCUCUCACCUCUCUCAGGGGAACAUGGAUCCACCAUGCUACAACUUUAAAAAACUCUGAAUCCCAAUGCCUCUAGUGGAAAAGCAAAUUCUAUGUAGCUGACUUUGCAUCAUCAAACUCAGUCUCUGCUAUGCAGUGUUCUUAAAGUGGUAUUUCCACCAGUGAAGGACACCAGCCCCAUUCACUGACUGGAGAUCCUGAAACAGCAAGAGUUUUGAAACCAUUUUCAAAAUUCUUCUUUGAUUGGUGGAGAGGACAUAAAUCACAAAAAUUUGCUGGUUUUGUUUUGUAAAUAGAAACUUAAAACUGAAAGUGUUCAGAAGGAGGUUAGCCUAUAUCCAAACUCACAGAGUACAGAAUAUGCCAUCAUAGUGUUAAUGGAUGACUUCACACUCUCCUGUUUAGAAAUCACAUUAUUCCUAAAGUUUCUUUCCCAGUUGUGUAAGCCUGCAUCUGCUUUCCUGAUAUCUUUGUCUGUCCUGCUUGGUAUUCUUAAGAAUUCAUACACUAGAGUAUUGCUUAUUACAGGUGUUAUUAUUAAGUGGCCUGAUAGCGAUGAGGUACCAAUGUAUCGUGGCUCCAUAUGAUUAAUUAUUGCUAUUUUAUUUAUUAUUUGCAUUGCAGUAGCAUGUGGGGUCCCCAGUCAGGGAUUAGUUCUCCAUUGUGCUAGCCACAGUUCCAACACAGGACGAAAAGACAGUCUCUGCCCCCAAUGAUCUUACAUACUAAGAGAUACAAUACCUAGGUUAAGGAGCUGGGGCCCAGCCCUGCAAACGUCUGCCUUUGGACUAGUCCUAAUGAAGUCAGAUGAGUAAAGGUUUUCAGGAUUGGACCCAUCCCUUGUAACUCCUAAUCUGCCAUGUUACUCUGUGGGUGUGAUUGCUAUGGUACUCCUGAAGUCCAGUGGGAUGCACAGACUACUUUCUUCUAGCCAUGGACUGGCAUUGCUGUGUCUUUUGUGAGAAACUGCCAUAUGAUGCCUUGCAAAGUGAGGUGUUAUUGUGACUGAGGAAAGAGCGUGGGGAGUGUUCUAUUAAUUUAAAUGGAAUAGAUGGGUUAAAUGUGUUAGCAUAAUCCAGUCACUGUCCAAUAUUAAACAGUGAUCAACAAGGUUUGGGGUUUGGUAUACAGAACCCUCAGCCUGCUUAGUACCAUGGCAACCACAUUAUUAAAUAUCCCUUUUAACCUUUUAUUAAAGAUACAGCAAAGAGAGAAAAAUAGUUAAAGGAUGCAAAAUGUCAAGUAUUGAGUAAGGUUUUCAUGUUAACAACACCCCUUGUUCCCUUUCCCUUUAGCUGAAGAGAAUUUUUAGAAGGAAGAAAAAUCUUUGUUUGAUAGUCAUUAGAUGGAACCAAAAAUGAUGAUAAUUGUCCUUUGGGAAAAAUUGAUGAAGAUCAUUGAGAUGGGCUGGAGAUGUUGUUCCUGAUACUAUUGUUAAAGUUUGAUCCUAUUUCAUCCCAGAUGAUGUCUGGGAUUCAGCUGGAGCCAAGUAGAGGUGGUGAUAUGUUCUGAGUCUCUCUCUCUCUGGCCUGGUCUGGUCAGGACAUCUCUCAAGAUCAGGAUGAUGAAGGCCCAGGAGUCCUAAGAGGUGGUGGGGUGGCUGCCAUGAUGGUGAAGCUUGCUCCAGUAGCAAUUUUUUUCCCCAAAGUCUUUUUCUUUUAAAGACCCCGAAAAGGAAUAAUGGGUGGAAUAGCACAUCCCCUCAUUAUUUCGUCCACCAAUUAAGCCUACUUCUGGCACAACAAUUUUGGUUCACUAAUUUCUGGUUCCACACUUUUCUUUCUUACACACAGGAUCUUAACGCAGUCCUUGGGUUAUAUCAGUAGGUCUUUUUGUAUGGACUAAUUCAGUCUUCUCCAUUUUGUACCUUUUCCCAUCCACUGUGACAUCUUAUGAACUUACACUGACUUUUUACAAUGGAACUCACAAUUCAGGUAAAUUUGUAAGCCCAGUUAUCGCAGCUUGGGGUGCAGAGGGAGUAAGAGAGGAGCAACAGCCCAAGAAUUAAGUUCUGAGCAAUUGUCUUUUUCUGGGUGCCUGUGUCUAAGGAAGGUGAAAACAUUAUUUACCAUAUUUUUCAAAAAGGAAGAAGAGAGUUAUGAAGGGUAGGGUUCUGCACUAAUUAUUAACUAGGUACGUCAAUUAAACUUUUCCAAUGUACUUUAUUAUUGGAUUGUACAGCACGUGUGUGUUCACUGUAGAAGUUAAAUCCAUUCUUAAUUCACUGCUAUGUAUAACAGAAUAUUCUUAGUCUAAUUUAAUAUACACACACAGCCACCAAUACACACCUAAUUCUAUAAACAUUGUAUCAUAUUUUGUACUGUGUGGAACUCAAUCACUGGAGAACAGGAAAUAUUGCAGGAAGGUUCAUAGUUGGUAGCUGGCAUUUUAAUUAAGUGACGGAUUAUUAAUUUAAACAAUGGGAAACUAUAAUUUUAAUCUAAUUAAGUAAAUAUGAACAAUUAGCAUCAUAUUUGUUUUAAUGCUGAGGCCAAUAUGUUGUAUAUAUUUUUCAGUUGCUGGCUCUCAACAAUAAGAAAUUAUAUUGGCCAACAAUGUCAGUGUUUGGCUACUGUACACUGUUUACAUAACAUAGUUAUGUGCAAGUUAGGUACAUAGUUAUGUACAAGUUUAGAUUACUAAUGAAUUUAAUUAGAUGUAAUCACAAGCAAAUAUGCACUCAUCUAAAUGAAUGUUCUUUCCAUCCAGUCACAUAGAGCAUCUUCAAGAGAUAUUUUCACAAAGGGGAGCAAUCUAUUUAGGGCCAGAUUCCAACACCUUUAUUCUAGUUUAAGAUCACCUUACUGCAUGGGUUAUUCCACUGUCUUCUUUCCAUUGACUUCAAUGGGAAUACCCAUGGAGUACGGUAUUACUGGAUCUGAAUAAGAGUAUCAGAAUCUUUUCAAAUGCAGUGGACCGUCUUAUAAUAAAGUCAUCAUUUUUUCACAGUGCAGCAUCACUCCAAGCAGGAAUUCUCAAGAUCCAAAACUUUAUCUGGUACAUUUCAGUGUAUUGAAAUAAUUUCAGCUCUAAAUCUACUUCACUAUGGGGUCCCGUGCCAUCAGAGUUCAUCAUGAAUUCUACCGUUUAGUAUAGUGGCAACAUUUGGAUCUGAAUCUCUAUUUUGGGUUGGUGUCCUGAUCUGGAGUUUUGUUCCGCACUGCUCUACCAUUUCCUGUUCAGAAAGUGGAUUUAUUUCUCCAGUAGAGCUAGUCAGAAAAACUUCAAUGGAACCAUUUUCCAUUGGAAAAAGAGGUUCCAAUGAAAUCAAAAUGCUUCAUGAAAUUGUGUUGAAAAAAAGGAAAAAAGUUUCUAAAAUGUUAACAUGUCCCAUUUUGACAUUUUCAGACCAAAA